CUCUCUCUCUCUCUCUCUCUUUUUUUUUUUUCUCUCGUUCAGACGCAGUCUGCGUGUUUUGUGUUGUUAAAAUGGAGACCGCUGUUUGUUUCCUCGCUGUUGUUGAUGCUGUGUAACGUUCACUGACUGUCGGUGAUCGACCUCACCUGCUGCAGUAACUUUUAAACUGGCUCUGAGUCAUGACAACACAGGGGGCAGGUACAGAUACCAUGCAGGACCCUCUGUUCAUCCUGGAGACUGGAGAAGUGUAUAGAAACCCCACUGAAGUGAAGAUGAGUCAGAUCGUGAUGCCGUGCCACGCCAAUCACUGUGGGGAGUUGAGUGUUGGACAGCUGCUCAAAUGGAUGGACUCCACAGCCUGCCUGUCAGCUGAGCGACAUGCAGGUUGCUCCUGCAUCACUGCCUCUGUGGAUGACAUCCAUUUUGAGCACACCAUAGGGGUUGGAAAAGUUGUCAAUAUCAUAGCGAAAGUCAAUAGAGCAUUUACAUCCAGUAUGGAGGUUGGCAUAUUAGCAACUUGCGAAGAUCUCUACACUGACAAACAAUGGCGAGUUUGCAAUGCUUUUGCUACUUACGUUGCAAGACGUACAGAAGCUGGUAAGGUGCAGCUCAAGCAGGUAAUUCCGCGUACACAAUUGGAGCAGAUGGAGUACAGCUUGGCAGCAGAGCGGCGGAGGAUGAGACUUAUUCAUGCUGAGAUUAUUACUGAUCUACUGAGCAGCAGCGCUGCUCAACUGGGACAAUGUCAGGAGUAUCAGGAUGCUGUUCCUGCUGAGAGAACACGUGUGGAAAGUGUGGAGCUGGUGCUGCCGCCUCAUGCUAACCACCAAGUCAACACCUUCGGAGGCCAGAUAAUGGCCUGGAUGGAAAAUGUGGCUACGAUUGCAGCAAGUCGUUUGUGCAAUGCUCACCCAACCUUAAAGACCAUAGAUAUGUUCCAUUUCCAUGGUCCGUCUCACAUUGGGGACAGGCUUGUACUGAAAGCAAUUGUUAACAAUGCCUUCAAGCACAGCAUGGAGGUAGGAGUGUGUGCUGAAGCCUACCAGGGUGGAGAACCUCUGCGUCAUAUAAAUAGUGCAUUUAUGACAUUUGAGUUGUUGGACAAGGAGAAGAAACCAUGCACGUUGCCAAGGAUACGACCAGAGCCUGUGGAUGGAAAACGACGUUACCAAGAAGCCAUUGCCAGAAAGAAAAUUCGCCUUGAUAGGAAAUACAUUAUCUCUUGCAAGCAAACUGACGUGCCUUUAUCUGUCCCUUGGGAUCCAAGUAACCAGAUUUACCUGAGCUACAAUAACAUCUCAGCGCUGAAACUGAUGGAUGCUAGAACCAACUGGAUGUUAACGUCUGAGAAAAUCAAGGUCAGACUGUACACAGUGGAGGAAAACCAGAUGCUGUGCUUUAAGGUGGAGACACAUGUCGGCGUACCAGCAGAGCAGACAUUCCACUUACUGACGGACCUGAGGCGGAGACAAGAGUGGGACCCACAUUAUGAGAAGUGUGAGAUGAUCAUCCAGGUGGACGAAGAUGACACGCUUUACCGUGUAGCUACACCAUCUGUCAGUAAAGGAGGCAAAGGACAGGAUUUUAUCUUGCUGGCCUCCAGGAGGAAGCCAUGUGAUGCCAGAGACCCGUAUCUGAUUGCUCUGCGUUCCGUCACUCUACCAACUCACCCCCCCACUGAAGACUACACCAGGGGAGAGGUUCUCUGUGCCGGAUUCACAAUCUGGGAAGAGUCCACGACCGUCACUAAGAUUACGUACUACAACCAGGCCACGCCAGGCGUCUUCCCCUACAUCUCCACAGACAUUGCCGGCCUCUCCUCCAGCUUCUACAACGCUUUCUCCGCCUGCAGCCACUUCCUGGAAACCAACAAGAACAGCCAGGCCACCGUGCAGCCCUGUGCACAGUGACACAGCAGCGCCGCCAAACAAACAUUAGUAUCAGCAGGAAGGAACAGUUUCUCUUUAACUCAUUUGACCUCUGUAACGAGGUGAUGUACUCAAUGGCUGAUUAUCACUGGGAGCUCUCUGAACAUCUCUGCAAUGGGUUCUGUUGUUUUCCCGAUCACCUCCACACCCCGCGGAGCAGGAAGUGGUCCCGUUUAGACUGUUGUUGGCAAUAAUCCAGCUCCAGCCGGAUUCAUCCGGAUUGCUUUUUAGCGUUCAGACCUGUUUUUCAAGUCUGGUUCAUCCUGCACACGCUUCCAAAAUGAAUUUGGCUCAACCCUGAAAGAGGUGUGUCUGCAAGUGAGCAUGCAAAUGUGUGUGUGUGUGUGUGUGUGUGUGUGUGUGUGUGUGUGUGUGUGUGUGUGUGUGUGUGUGUGUGUGUGUGUGUGUGUGUGUGUGUGUGGAAAUGCAGGUGUGUGUGUGACACAUGGAAGGGAACACAAACAGUGUAUUUUCUGGGUGAGUAGGCACUGCAGAGAUACAAGGAUUGCUGUCCUCUCCGUUGCAGCCGCACUGAAUAGCGCCACAGUGGACGAUGUGGGAGCAUGAAUGUAGUGAGGAAGUUUUUGAUGUCAUGAUCCCUGAGCUAGCUGGAUUCAAGCCACAUUUGCAUUCAAAUUAGGGAUAGACCGAUAAUUGGCUGGGCUGAUAAUCUGCAUCGGCCGAUAAUCCUUCUGAGUACUCUGUAACAGAGGUGGGACAAAGUCACUAUCAAGUGACUCUCAAGUCAUCAACCUGCAAGUCUCAAGUCAUCUUGCAAACAAUUGGUGGUAAUUAUGACUUGAAACUUUACUUGGGACUUGCUGAUUCAUGACUUGAGAGUGACUUGAUGGUGACUUUGUCCUACCUCUGCUCUGUAGGGAUAGACCAAUAAUUGGUUGGGCCGACAAUCGACAUCGGCUGAUAAUCCCUCUGGGUAUUCUGUAGGGAUAGACCAAUAAUCGACUGGGACAACAAUCUGCAUUGGCCAAUAAUCCCUCUGAUUACUCUGUAGGGACAGACCGAUAAUUGGCUGGGCUGAUAAUCUGCAUCGUUUGAUAAAAUCUCUGGGUAAUCUGUAGGGAUAGACCGAUAAUCGGUUGGGCCGACAGUCAGCGUCGGCCGAUAAUCUCUCUGGGUACUCUGUACGGAUAGACCGAUAAUCGGCUGGGCUGAUAAUCUGCAUUGUUCGAUAAAUCCUCUGGGUGCUCUGUAGGGAUAGACUAAUAAUCCGCAGGGCCGAUAAUUGGCCUGGGGUGAUUAUCGCCCUGGCUGAUUAUCGGCCGAUGCUGAUAAUUGACAUGGCCGAUACUCAGCCACUAUCGACCGAGCUGAUUAUGGGUCUAUCCCUAGUUCAAAUCAAAUCUGGUUCAACAAACCUUUUGAAGGUGGAUUGCACCAGAUAGGAAACAAUCGGUCUUAAAUCCGAUUUGCGCUGUUCACAUUCAGAAAAUCCCACUCAGACCAGAUUGCCAACUUCAGUCUAUGCACAAUGAGUGAGUCAAGUCAGUCAGCAACAUUUCAGUUGUCAGCGAGAUGAGUUCGCUUGUACUGGCCCGAUUAUCACUAAACUUGGUAUGUGUCUUAGGCAUGGUGGCCCCCAAUAAGCCUAUUCAUUUUGGGAUCAAAAGGUCAAAAUCACCAAACUGUACAUUGUGGAAGCCUUCUGCAAAAGAGCAUCACUUUUUAAUGUUAGGUUUAUCAGCAUUUGCCAAGUCUUAGUGCAGACUAUGCAUUUGUUAAUGCUGGACAAGUCAGCUGCUUCAUAGUUUCAUGCAUUGUGUUUAAAUGAACACAGUCAGAUAAGACAAAAAAAUCAUGCAAAAAUCAGCAGUUGCCUUUUUCUCUGAAGACGACUGUUGGAGCUUAUUAGGACAAAUCUAGUUGUGUGAAACAAAUUCAGCUGCACUAAUCACAGAUUAACAUAUUCUCAUCAGUAGUAUGUUUGUGAUCUGCACAAUCACUAACUUUGAUACAGAUUUAUUUGCACUGAUUCGCAUGUAGAUAAACUAUGAGUAUGGGUAUAAAGUUAGUGAAAGUUUGUUUUUAGUCAUAUUUUUCUACCUGCCUGAGUGGAUAUUUUCAAAAUCUUAAAUAAACUGUAAUUAAAUCAUGAUGUA